AAUUAUAAUUAUUAGUUAAAUAUUCGUAUGAACGCAAGUCCUUGCACAUAUAUUUAAGAGUUGUGCUAAAGCUAUAGGUUAUGAUAAGUUUGUUUAUCAUGUUAUUUGUUCUUCGUCCAAUAAAAAUAUGUCGGUACAUAUCCUGCAACUUUAUACCAAAAUGUUCCAUUACCACGUGUUCCGGCUUCCAAAGACUAAAGUCGAUAAAAGCAUUACCUAUAGAGGAUCCAGUGCAAACAAUAGAAUAUGAUCAAAUGCAAAUUGGUGCGGUGACUUCAAGAAUUUCUCAUCCUAUUGAAAAAAAUAUUGCAUGUGAAGUGAAGAAGGAUGUAUAUAAAGUAGAAAAGCCAGAAUGGAGGUCUAUAGCAAUCGAUUAUGCUAUGCUUCAGAAGCACUACCUCAAAUUAUCAAAGAUCAAGUUGACAUCUCUUGUUGUCCUAACAACUAUGGCAGGAUAUGCAUUAGCCCCUGCGCCAUUUGAUCUUUACACAUUUACAAUGUGUUCCCUUGGCACAGGUUUAGUCUCCUCUGCAGCAAAUGCGAUUAAUCUUUUUGAGGUUCCAUUUGAUGCGCAAAUGUCGCGGACGAAAAAUCGAGUAUUAGUAUGUGGUCAUUUGACGCCUGCUCAUGCAGUAGCAUUUGCAGCGGUGUCUGGUAUUGUUGGAUUAUCGAUACUCCACUUUGAAGUGAACAGUGUGACGUCAAUGCUAGGUGCUGCUAAUAUUGUUUUAUAUACAUGUUUCUACACUCCUAUGAAACGCAUCAGUAUUGUCAACACAUGGAUUGGUUCCGUUGUAGGAGCAAUACCUCCUCUCAUGGGCUGGGCAGGUUGUGCUAGUGAUAUACUCGUACCAGGUGCUUGGAUUUUACCUGGUAUUCUGUACAUGUGGCAAUUUCCACACUUUAAUGCUCUUUCAUGGAACUUGAGACCGGAUUACUCACGAGCUGGCUAUCGAAUGAUGGCUGUUACAGACCCAAAUUUAUGUCGUAGAACGACUGUAAGAUAUACAAUAGCACUAAUGACUCUGUGUUACUUAGUUCCUAUAUUGGAUUUAACUCAUUGGUGGUUCGCAUUGGCUUCAACACCAGUCAACGCAGCUUUUCUUUAUCUAGCUUGGAAGUUCAAUAAUCACUCGGACAGUGCUAGUUCUAGAAGAUUAUUUCGAUUUUCGUUACUUCAUCUACCUUUAUUGAUGCUGCUGAUACUCUUAAGCAAGAAAUAUUCGGCCAGCAUCGAAAAAGAAAGAGAAAAAUGAUCUCUUUAUGAUGAGACAAAGAAAAGUGACUUAUUGAUUAUUUUUAUUAUCUAUUGCUUCAGCAACGUCGUCUGUCUAAUGGUUAUUUUACAUUAACAGACUUGUCAGCAAUAGUACAAAUUAUCAUAUUGUAAAUCAUGUGAUUUUUACAAUAUUUCUCAUCUCUUUCUCUCAAUAGUUCUGGAAAAUACGAUUGUACAAAACAGAUAGAUAUAGAUAGAUAUCUAAUCAAAAAACCAGAUUACUUUAAGUUUAAUAUUAAUUUAUUGUUAGAGUUAAUAAAUGCGUGCGAAAAAAUCCCAAUAAAUAAAUUUACGAAAAAUUGUCUUCGUAUAAUUUUAGGAAGAUGACAUUUUCACAGAGAGAGGAAUAAAAAUUAAAAUUAUAACAG